CAUUACAUUGAGCAUCCUCGUCCCAUAGAGCCACCUGCAGAGGCAGCGCCUCCACCACCCCAACCUCUCAAACUGACAAAGAAGGAACAGAAGAAACUGCGAACACAGAGGCGUCUAGCAAAAGAAAAGGAUAAACAGGAGAUGAUCCGACAAGGGUUGCUUGAACCACCAAAAGCAAAGGUGAAGAUGAGCAACUUGAUGAAGGUUCUUGGGUCUGAAGCGACCCAAGACCCAACCAAGCUUGAAAAAGAGAUCCGCACAGCAGCUGCAGAGCGUGAGCAGGCUCAUACGGACAGGAACGCAGCCCGGAAGCUAACUCCUGCAGAGAAACGUGAGAAGAAAGAGAGG